GGAAAAAGCUGGGGCGGCGUCGGUUUGGACGCGGCGCGCGCAGCCCCCGGCCGCGGCCGGACGAUACGAAGGCAGCAGCGAAGCCGCCGCAUCAAACGUACCGCGUAUACGAUGGGGGGCAGCGGCCGGUCGUCGAUUGGCAGACGCUACGCCGCCGACUGUGGCACACGUGACAACAAGUUCCUCUCGCGGGCCGCGGCCGUCGCGACGCGCCGCUACUAUAGGCCCGGGAAGACGGUCGAUGGCGAGCGGCACCCGUUCUCCAUGUGCGACGACUUUGGCUGUCAUGCGCUCCGCGGCCUCGAGCGGCGGCCGCUCAUAAAGUAUGGGGUGGGCGCGGAUUUGUACUUCAAGGGCCUCAAGGCUCUAUCGUGCAUCUUCUUUCUCGUCUCGCUCCUCUCGCUCCCUUGCAUCCUCGCGACGUACACCGCGUCGAGGGAUGAUAACCGGGACGCGGUCUUACAGCAGCAGCCGCCCCAGUUCUUCUACUACGCUUCUUUAGGAGCCUGGGGUGCGGCAACGACAGUGCCCUGCGGCGAAGUCACGGAAGGUACUCUUGAUUUGAGUUGUCCAGCCGGCGCAGUUAUGAAAGACAUACGAGCCUACUAUGGUACAGUAACGGGAUCGUGCACCUGCCCCGAGACCCACAAGCCGGAUCUGAAUGGAGCGUGCCCCGGCGCGCCGUCCUCGAAGACGCGGUGCGGCGGCAAGCCGUGCUUUUCCGGUACUACGCAGUUUGGGGAGGCGUGCUGCGCUUCGCAUGCCUAUGAAGACGGCCGGCCCGACUUCCGAGAUGUAGAACCAGCAUCUGGGGAGUGCGCCUCGUCCUCUAUACAGGAAGUGGCUCAAAACUCGUGUCUCGGGCAACGAAAAUGUUCCCUCGACGCCGUACCGCUGAACUGCUCGUCCACAAGACUUGUAGCGUACGCGACCUGUGUCGAACCGAAACUCCGCAUCCUGGGUGCUAUCCGGGCGUCGCGCGCGGCCACGUCGCAAGUGUUGAGUUGGCUCGACGCCCUCGGAGCCGCCCUGUUAUUAGCGGGCGGCCUCUUCCUCUCGACGCGGGAACGAAGGGCCCAGCUCCAGUACGGGAGGUACGUGCGCUGCUCGAGCGCCUACACCGUGGCCAUCACGCCGUCGUCGCUACCGAAGAGGCCGAAAUCACUGGACGCGCUCGACGAUGGGUUGAGAAACCACUUCGCGCGAGUGCUAGAAGCCAAAGUGGUGGACGUGAAUUUUUUUUGUGAGUAUACGCGGCGGACGAUCAAACUGUGGCGGCAGCGAGGAGCGUUAGCCUUAGAAGUCGACGCCGCGGACGCGCGGAGCAAGCUACACCUCGAAAGCAGUAAGAGAGAUAGGAAGGCGCGCUUCAAGUUCGACGAAAGUCAGAGAUUGAUCGAGGAGGACGCGCAACGAGAGAAAGGCCGCGUCGUGGCCUGUUAUGUCACGUUCGACACCGAGGCCGAUAGAGCCAAGUGCCUGGAGACGUACGCUUCCCGGACACUCUGCCAGCGCCGCCAUUUGCGGUUCUGUGGGCGUAGUCUACGCUGUAAAAAGGCCGCCGAGCCGCGCGAUUUAAGAUGGGAGCACCUCGGUCAAUACAACCUCAUCAGACGAGGUCUAGUAUUAGUGGCCUUCUGUCUCCUGUUACUAUUGUCGUCGGCGGCCAUCUAUCGGUCGCGGAGCUGGAAGGUCCAAAGGGAACGGAGGCACCCGACGCCUGAGUGUUACUUAUUUAGGGGCAAAGAUCGCAUCAGGUAUAAAGGCGCCGAAGCUCAUAUCAUAUCUUCCGGUAUUGGUACUUUAUCGAUGGCCGACGUCGUCCAAGAUGAACUUGGAGAGAGGAGGGGCUACGUCGAGUGUUUUUGUGGUAGAAUCCUCAGCGAGCGAGGGUUAAAAUACACGCGAAACUACGAAUUCGAGACCCCAGAUGGCUCAGAAAGAUAUUGUAGGAGAUGGAUCACGCGGAAGGCCAAGACCUACGGGGUUUAUGGCGGCGCCGUCGCGUUUGUCGUAUUGGUCGAGCUCGCGAUGGAUUACGUGGCGGGUUUCCUGACGGAGUACGAGCGCUACGCGUCGCGAUCGCAACAGUCGGUCGCCCACGCCCAGAAGCUCGCGUUCCUGAAGGUCGUGAACGCGGCUGUUUUGAUAGUACUCAUCCAUGGCAACCUCAACGCGUUCCCCACUUUACGUAGAAAAGCGGAGCGGAAGACGUCGUUCUUCGGGUUCAUGCGCGGGAGUUAUGCCGAUUUCGAUGCGGGGUGGUACGGCACGGUCGGCGUGGCGAUCAUGCUCACGCUUGUAUUAUCUUGGUUAUCUGAGUUAGCAUGCUAUCUCAUGUCUUUCAUAGCCUUCCACAUCAGUGCGUGGAGAGAUAGGUCCUACACCUGCGAUGUAACAAGAACAAAGCAGCUCACGCAGGAAGGUUUGAAUAGAUUGGUCGUCGGCCCUCCAAUGACGUUCGAGGCUCGGUACGCCUCGCUAGCCAAGGUCAUCAUGUGUUCUACGCUAUUUUCGAGUGGAUGUCCACUACUCAACGUCUUUGCCUUACUCUACUACUCUACGCAAUACCUCGUCGAUAAGUUCCUCUUCACAAAAUUUUACGCGGCGCCUCCUACCAUGACGAACGCCCUGGCUUUGUUGCUGUCCGAACUCAUCCCCAUCAUGAUCGCCGGCCGUUCAAUCGUGGCGGCCUGGAUGUGGACGGCGCCGUCGUUGAUCGGCGAUGAUGCUGAUGAUGACGAGUUGCUACUCAGUGCCUGGGCCGUGGCUCGUAAACGCAUAGACCACGCGAACGCGCUGCCGCACGUCGUCUUGGUUAUUGCGGUAUUACUCAUGGAAUUAAGGCGACUCUUGAAGUGCCGCUGUACAUCAGUAGACGACGAGGAUGAUAAUGACACGACGUACUUCCGAGCUAUUCGGACGGCGACCUUGGAGCGGCGCCUCGCCGAGAAGACGCUCAAGCCCCGUAUUCUAAAUGAAUAUCGGGACGAAUUACGACGAAGGAAACAUCAGCCAGUGACGGAGGAGCCGCAGUUCCAGACGCUCGAGAGCUACGACCUGCGGGCGUGUCCCGUCUACGCGGGCGAGUUCGCGCUUGAUAGUAGAGCGGUGCGCCGCGUGGAUAACCGGCGGAGCGUCGGCGGCGACGAGCGCGGCGCGGCGCGGACGUCGACCGGAGGGGCCUUGGCGUCGUUCCGGACGUCCUUCGGGCGCGGCCGCGAUUCGUUGGAGUCGGCGUUUGAUGACGAGGAGGAGGCGUGUGCGUCGUCUAGUGAAUCCGAGGACGAGAUUUAUGUCGAGGAGACCGAGCCCGACGACGACCACCGCCGCUCGCUCGCGCACCGACGGAGCGUGGGCCGCCGGCCGCGCGCGACGCUGGGGCCGCACAACGAGGUCGCGUGGCACGAGCGCUGGGCGCGCGACGACCGGCGCCGGUCGAAUGGCGCGUCGGAGCGCCCGGCCUGGGACGUCGGUCUCCCCAAUAUUGACCUGCGCUCGCCGCCGCGGCCGCCUUCUCCCGAAUCCGUCGCCGCCUUCUCGGAUGAGGAACAGGUCUUCUCGCCCGAGGUCGCGGUCGUGGUCCCUCGGGCGGUCCGGGAAGCCCGUCCGCCACCACCAGAUGACCUGGCCGUGGUCGAGGCGGGCGAGCGGGUUUGAUUGAUUAACAGUGUGUUGAUUAUGAA